CAACAACAACAACAACAACACUCUCCUCCUCCUCCUCCUCCUCCUCCUACUGGUACUACUACUACUUCCCCUCCUCCUCUUACUGCUGCUGCUGCUACUGCUAUUACUUCUCCUCGUCUUCCUCCUCCUCCUCCACCUUUUCUUCAGCAGCAACAACAACAGCUUCUCUCUCCUCCAUACAUUCCAGCAUUUUUGCAGGAUUUGGAGGAUGUUGAGAUGGAUGUUGUUGAGGAACCAGUAGACAUGGAAUGGGAGACGGGCGAUGAAAGAGACAUGUUGUGGGAUCCCACUCCCCGUCUUGUCGCGGUCUACUGGCCAUAUUACGGUCCAUGAAUACUUCCUUUCCUUUUCACUUUCUUUGUUAUUGCAGUACCGUACGACGCGAAAAUCACCAGAAACCCCGAAAAAAAAGCAAAAAACCAUCACAAAAGCAUUUAAAAAAAGCAGUACAAAAAUUACAAAAGCACCCAAAAAAACAUCAAAACAUCAAAACACUAAAAAAAAACCUUCAUAUAAAUACUGGUCUUCCUGCUUAUACCGCCAGUUGUCCUCCGCCAUCCCAAGACUUCUUCCAUUUCCGCACCGAUUUUGCCAACCGCUUUAUUUAUCUAUUUAUUUAUUGACAAAGCGCCUUCGGGCGCUUCUUACUGGAUUCAAUGUCCAGAAAAAGACGAGAACCGUCUUCACUGUGGCAAAGGCAAUUUUGAAAUCUUUUCAUUACAGUUUUGAAGGAGCAGUGGUGGCCGACCUGUGUGCGGCGCAGCGCCGGUGCCCCAGCAGAUGAUACUCCAAGGCCCAUAGCAAAGUGUUGCGAUGGUAUAACAUCGGACACUGACGUCCAUGCUGCAUGCGUUCCAGCGUGUGUCAUGUACUGUGUGGUAAG